AUGAGCCUGUACGCGACCUGGGAGGUGGAUCGGAGCUCGCCCAGCUGCGUGCCCAGGUUGUUCAGCUUGACCCUGAAGAAGCUCAUCAUGUUGAAGGAGAUGGACAAGGAUCUAAAUUCAGUGGUGAUAGCUGUGAAGCUGCAGGGCUCAAAGAGGAUCCUGAGAUCCAAUGAGAUUGUCCUGCCGGUCAGCGGGCCUGCUGAAACGGAGCUUCAGCUGACCUUCUCACUCCAGUACCCCCACUUCCUGAAGCGAGAUGCCAACAAGCUGCAGAUCAUGCUGCAGAGAAGGAAGAGGUACAAAAACCGAACCAUCCUGGGCUACAAGACUCUGGCUGUUGGGCUCAUCAACAUGGCUGAGGUCAUGCAGCACCCCAGCGAAGGGGCUCUGGUGCUUGGACUCCACAAUAACGUGAAGGAUGUCUCUGUGCCCGUUGCUGAGAUUAAAAUCUACUCCCUGUCCAGCCAGCCAAUUGACCACGAAGGGCUCAAGUCGAAACUGUCUGAUCGGUCCCCUGACAUUGACAACUACUCGGAAGAGGAGGAGGAGAGCUUCUCCUCAGAGCAGGAGGGCAGUGACGAUCCCCUGCAUGGACAGGAUUUGUUUUACGAAGACGAAGAUCUCCGGAAGGUGAAGAAAACAAGGAGGAAACUAACGUCAGCCUCGGCGAUCACUCGGCAGCCAAAUAUAAAGCAGAAGUUUGUGGCGUUACUGAAGAGGUUCAAGGUGUCGGACGAGGUUGGCUUUGGUCUGGAGCAUGUCUCCAGGGAGCAGAUCCGAGAGGUGGAGGAGGACCUGGACGAGCUGUACGACAGCCUAGAGAUGUACAACCCCAGCGACAGUGGCCCGGAGAUGGAGGAGACAGAGAGCAUCCUCAGCACGCCCAAGCCCAAGCUCAAGCCUUUCUUCGAGGGAAUGUCUCAGUCCAGCUCCCAGACAGAAAUUGGAAGCCUUAACAGCAAGGGAAGCCUGAGCAAAGAUGCCACCAGCCCGAUGGAUUCUGCCAUCGGGGACAAGUUGAGACCAUCGCGGAGUAAAAACCUGGAUGAGAGCCUCAGCGAAGCAGACACCCUGGAAGCGAGCGAGCAGGACACGCUGGGAGACUCCAGCACUACAUUAAUUAUCCCCGAAAAAGUAAAGACGCCCAUGAAGAGCAGCAAGGGGGAGCUUCCGAGCAUGGCCUCACCCAGCAAAAUGGAAGGGGCAGUGCACACGCCCCGGCAGAAGAGAAGCACCCCGCUGAAGGAGAGACAGCUGUCCAAGCCCCUGAGCGAACGCACCAACAGCUCGGACAGCGAGAGGUCCCCGGACCUGGGCCAUAGCACGCAGAUUCCUCGCAAGAUCGUCUACGACCAGCUGAACCAGAUCCUGGUGUCGGACACAGCCCUGCCAGAGCACAUCGUCCUGGUGAAUGCAGUCGACUGGCAAGGCCAGUAUGUGGCUGAUCAGCUUCGGGACCAGAAGAAAGCCGUCGUGUGCACGUGCUCCACUGUUGAAGUGCAGGCUGUCCUGUCUGCGGUCCUCACCAGGAUCCAGAGAUACUGCAACUGCAACUCCUCGGUACCGCGGCCAGUGAAGGUGGUGGCUGUGGGGGGGCAGAGUUACCUCAGCGCCAUCCUCCGGUUCUUUGUGAAGCAGCUGGCAAACAAGACCCCAGACUGGCUUAGCUACAUGCGGUUCCUCAUCGUCCCGCUGGGCUCCCACCCCGUAGCCAAGUACCUGGGCUCUGUGGGCAGCAGGUACAGGGUUGCAGGGAGCAGCUCCGGGGGGCUUGCUGGUCACUCCCCUCUCUCCCCUUUGCCCCCAGAGCCAUUCGACGUGGUGGGCCGCAUCACGCAGUACGUGACUGGAGCCAGCAUAACCCACCAGCUGCCUGUGGCCGAGGCCAUGCUGACUUGCAAGCAUAAAUUCCCGGACGAGGACUCUUAUCAGAAGUUCAUUCCUUUCAUUGGGGUGGUUAAAGUGGGCCUCAUCGAAGAUUCCCCUGCAGCCUCAGGAGAUGGAGACGAUGUGCCUCUGAUCAGCCUGACUGUUCCCUCCACGUCUCCCCCCUCCUCUUCCGGCCUGGCGAAGGACAUCUGCGCCACCCCCCCGUCCUCGCCGUCCAUGAGCAGUGGGCUUGCUGUUGUGGGGCCUCCCAGCAGCCCCUAUGGAGACGUCAUUGGCCUGCAGGUGGACUACUGGCUUGCCCAUGCCUCAGAGCGCCGGAAGGAGAGCGAGAAGCGGGACGCCAGCUCCAAGAACACCCUCAAGAGCGUCUUCCGCUCGGUGCAGGUGUCGCGGCUGGCAGAACGGGGAGAAGCUGAGUGGUCCGGGACCAUGGCCAUGACGGUUGUCACCAAAGAGAAGAACAAGAAGGUCCCCACCAUCUUUCUGAGUAAGAAACCCAAAGAAAAGGAAGUGGAUUCCAAGAGCCAGGUGAUUGAGGGCAUCAGCCGGCUAAUCUGCUCUGCCAAACAGCAGCAAACUAUGCUCAAAGUGUCCAUUGACGGAGUGGAGUGGAGCGACAUCAAGUUUUUCCAGCUGGCCGCGCAGUGGCCCACCCAUGUCAAGCACUUCCCAGUCGGACUCUUUGGCUCAAAGCCGGCGUGACAGCACCCUCCUUGCCCCACGGCUGGGCAGCGCCCGCCAGCCUGGCCAAGCCCUCAGCCAGUGGGAAGCCUCUCGCCUACAUCCUGCCCUCCUUGUGUAACUGUUGGUAUGUUCUGCACUGGAAGGGCUGGAAGAGAGAGCACCCCAGUGCCAACCUGCCAUCCCCCUCAUCACCAGCUUUGUCUCCAGCUGCCACCGACCGCUUCCGUGUGUGUGCAUGUGAGAGAGAGAGAGAGAGAGCGAGAGAGAGAAAGCGCGUGCGUACACGGCAUUGGACCCCUGUGGCCAGCGAGGAAGGACCCCUGCUGGCCCCUGCAGAGAGAUGGGCUAAAAGGACUGAAUUUAAUGGAGAAACACAGACUCACUCACUCCCCCUCCCCCCACCAGUUUGGACCAGGUGUGACUCACUGAACAGCCAAGCCCAGCAGUUUAGUUUAGUGCAUGAGAAGGCUUGUCUCUGGCACAGCUGUCUAGUGGCUCCGGCCUUGCCUGUGCCCCCACAUCCUACAACCCCUCCUGUAGCCACUGGCCGGGUCACUAAUGCUGUGCCAGGGCCCAGAGCCUGUGGGCACGGGGACCCGUUCCACCACUGUCUGCUCCCACCUGGAGCUAGUGGGCACUUGCUAGCAUCUAGGGCCCUUGUCUCACAAGUGGUGGAGAGCCCUGGCAGGUGGUGGUGAUGCUGCUGCUGCUGUUCUAGCCUCUGAUGGCAGCAUGAAGUAGGAGGUGGGGGAGUGGGAUUUGGAGAAGGGGGAGGGGAGUCUGUCUUGCCAGGCCUCAGGUAGGGGCAUGCUGGGACCUCCAGCUGUGCAUAGCCACCCCCUGGCCCCUCCUGUUUUUCUGUCCUAAAAGUUUGCCAAGACCUAACUGCUAAUUCAGCAGGGCCCGGUUGUAGCAGUGCUCCACCACCUCUGCCACAUCCCUGAUGGAGCCAAUGCCCCAGGACAGCAAAACCUAGUGCCACAGCAGCCAGCUCUGUCUCUGCAGGCUGGGCUUUCUCACCGCCCCCUUCCCCCAUCCUAUGCUCAGCUGCUCACACUUCCCUCCUCCCCCCCAAGUCAGGCAGCUGCUAAACAGUUGGAUUUUCCCACUCAGGUUCACUGGGAGCUCUGCCCUUGUCUCCCUGAGUGUCUGGCAGAGAGCCACAAUCCAUGCAUGAAUGGUCCAGGAACUCCCAUUGGUCACUGCUGAGUCCUGAGCUCAGUGAUCCUGCCUUUGCCAAGUGUGAGGCCCACGCAGGCCCUGAGCAGGGCACCCUAGGCCCCAGCUGAGUGCUACAAUUAUCAAGAGAUGGCAGUGACUGCCUCCCUCUCUUCCCUUUGCCCCCUGGAGUGCCACUGCCUCUGCCAAUGGGCACCCCCACUCUGUCCUAAAGAGCCCACCGGCACCCAGCCCUCAUGGCUCAGAGCAGCAGACAGGAGCAGGGCAAUGAGAAGCCAGAUGAUCUCCUCCAGCCACCUGCUAGCAAUAAAGCCAGUUGUCACUGGCAGCCAGGCAGAGCCCCACACACGCACCACCUGCCAGGCCACCUCCCAUGAAUUUCCUAGUGCCCUCCAUGUUGGCCUGACUGGGUGAAAAGGAAAGUCAUUGGGCUAGGAUAGGUGGCACCCACAGGCCUGCCCAGCUUCCCCAGGAAGAUGGUUAUUUGCUGGCUGAGUGUGUCGUCGCUUUGCUUCCCCUGCCGUCACAGGGAGGCUGCAGAAGGGCCCCUGAGCCACGGCCACUGGCUGCCCCAGAAGAGCUGCAAGCUGCAAGCAACAGAGUAAGUGUCCAAGGCAGUUCCUGCCUGUGCAGUGGGUCGCUCAUCUGGUUGAGCCACUUCCUUUGAGGGUCUCAGGUAGCGAGCUCCAAACAACUGGUGCUUGGGGGCCAGAAGUCCUGAGUCAAAUCGCCAUGGCAGGCAGGUGCCCCACUGCAACACCCCCAGCAGCCCAGCUGUUCCCUGCAGACCUAGCCUGUCCCAUCCAUGCUCAGGCCUGCCCUAGGCCGGCAUCUCUCACUCCUUGCAGUCUCCCAAGCACAAAGAGCUGCAGCCAGCGCUAGCGCCACAGAGGAAUCUUAUGUUUGCUCAGCACUUUCUACCUUUGCAUUUCAACGUGGCCUGUUCAGUCCUGGCUCUCCCCAGAGCUCCCUGGGCUCUGAGCCUUGCAGCUGCAGCAGGCUGGAGGUGGCGGCUGGGCAUGGAUUGUCUCCCAAGCAUGCACGCUAGGCACUCCAAAGCUCUGGUAUCCCCUCAGACUGGGCCGGCUGCCCCAGGAGCAUAAGGAUGAAGGGAGCUGCCCAAGGCCCAUGUGAUCCCAACACACAUUUCCAUAGCCAGAGUCAGAACAUUCUAGGCCACCCCAAUCCCCAUGGGAGCCGGUGGGGUCCCCAUCUCUCUGUGCCCCCACAAAUAACUCCCCACACCCCCCCCAGCUGUGUGGUGCCCCAGGGAGCUCUGUAUCUAUGCUGGAGCUGCACGAGCAGGACUCUGUUCCAGUACAUGAGGGAUGGAAGAGGCCUAGGCCUGCCCUCUGGGCACACAGGGCACUGUAAAUAAUCCCUGGUGUGUUUAAGUGCGUGCCUCUCCCAUUUGGUUUGUGCACACUGUCCAUGUUGGGAUCAUUGUCUGGGGUUGGGGAGAGACCCCUGUUGUAUUUGACACAUUUUAUUGGGGGAGCUGUCCCCCCUUUUUUUGGAGUUUUUUCAUUAAAUAAACUGGUGUUAUUUCUUAAAA